AUGGCACCGAAACCAGACCUGGCGGCGUUCGGGGACUUCUCGCAGGUCGGACACGUCGCACCUGCACUCGGAGCGAAACUCGAAUACGCCAUCUCGAUGAUUCCGUGUAAAAAAAACGAAGAUUACGCGUACUGUCACUUGUCGAAAAUUGAAGGCGUGUGCGACGGGUGCUUUCUUCUCUUCGAUUCGCACUGCGGCAAAGACGCGGGAGCGAGAUGCGCGAAGAAGUUUCUGGUGUAUUUAAACGAGAUAUUUUGGUCUAUGGUAGAGAAUCAGCAGUACGUGGACGACAGAGCGAACGCGCCGGUGUCGGAGACGACCGGGUUCUCGGCGUUUUUGGACGAAGCGGUUGAACGCGCGUGCGCCAAGUUGGACGAGGAGAUAAAGAAGAAAACGACGAGCGGGACGACUUUGUGCGUGUGUUUCGUAAGGUUUGGAGAGAAGAAAAUAUUUUUGAAGUUUGCACACGUGGGGGAUUCGCGAGCGAUUGUGAAGAACGCGAAAGGUGAAUGCGUGUUUGCCACGAAAGAUCACAAGCCAAACUCUCCGGAGGAACAGGAAAGAAUUCGAGGACAUUACGAUUCGCUUCACGGGAGCGAGUCGUACGCGAGGUUUCAAGAUUUAGAACACGUCAUGCAUUCGCCGAGUAGUUCGAGAGCAACGAGUCGCGGUGGAAGCUUGAGAGGUGGAAAAACAACCGGCGAAGGAGGAAAAGGGAGGCAACCCCCCUCCCCUUUGACUCCUCGAUCGAGCGGAGAAGAAGAAGAACAACAACAACAACAACAACGAGGAAGUGAGGACAGUAACGACAACGACGACCAUUCGCUCAUGGAUAACAUUCCCGCAAACGUAAACGUAAUAUUAGGGUCAAAACUAUCGCAGUUAGCAGUAGCGAGUAGUGGAGGAGACGUGAGUAACACCAGGAACGGCGCAAAUGCAGCCGCCAAUGUCGAUGAGAAUGCGAAAAAUCCAAACAAGUACCAAGUCGCAGAUAAGCGCAUUUCUUUCAUCGGUCAAUUCGUUUCCGACGAUGCCUCUGGUUCGAAACUCUCGGAAAUACGUCUCUUUAGUCCCUCGGGAGCAUCUUACGGCAUGUCCAGAUCGAUUGGUGAUCGAAACUCUCCGCGUUCUAUGAUUCCUGUACCGGAAUUUUCAAACUUGAGCUUUGAUUACGAUACGUUCGCCAUGGUCAUAAUUGCCAGCGACGGUUUGUGGGACACGCGAACGAACGAGCAAGCGGCGCUUCUUUCAGGAACAGACGUUCAAAAAGGGUCGAAGAAACUUUGCAUGUUAAGUUGGGACGACCGAGCGUAUUCCGGAAAAGCAAUGGAUGAUAUUUCCGUCAUCGCUUUCAGUUUGAACGCGGACGCGAUGAAGAAGAACACCGGAAGCAGCGGGAGCAAAAGUCCAGAAGAUGGCUGUUGCGUGAUCCAAUAG